CCGUCGCAUUCACCCUUCAGCCGCCGGGGCGACGAAAUUGACAAACCGUCGAACCGCACCAGGAAAGUCAUGUGCUCCUCUCUUCGGCUCCCUCCGACGUGAGGCGAUGGCAACCUCGCUCCCGCCGAUCGACUGGGAGGCAGAGAGCUACCCCGCCUACCCAGACUUCGCGGCCAUCCCCUUUUUCGCCGUCUUCUUCCUCGCCGUCCGUUUCCUCCUCGACCGCUUCGUAUUCGAGUGGUUAGCCAGGAAGCUGAUUUUCAAGAAGGGGGAUGAGAAGCUUGAUCCUACUACAUAUGCAGGCAAGAGAAAGAUCAGGAAGUUUAAAGAAUCAGCUUGGAAAUGCAUUUAUUUCCUUUCCGGUGAGCUAUUGGCAUUGUCUGUGACAUACAAUGAGCCAUGGUUCACAACCACAAGAAAUUUCUGGGUUGGACCGGGUGAUCAGGUCUGGCCAGAUCAAAAAAUAAAAUUUAAACUCAAGGCAGUCUAUAUGUAUGUUGCUGGUUUUUACACAUACUCCAUAUUUGCCCUUUUGUUUUGGGAAACAAGGCGCUCAGACUUUGGUAUUUCAAUGACUCACCAUGUAGCAACUGUUUGUCUGAUAGCACUGUCUUACAUAUUCAGAUUUGCUCGGGUGGGUUCAGUUAUGCUUGCCAUUCAUGAUGCAAGUGACGUGUUCCUGGAGCUUGGAAAGAUUUCCAAGUACAGUGGCCACGAGUUGCUUGCAGAUGUUUCAUUUCUUGUUUUCGUCAGUUCUUGGGUACUCCUUCGCCUUAUAUAUUAUCCAUUCUGGAUUCUCUGGAGCACAAGCUAUGAAGUUGUUCUGACUCUAGACAAGGAGAAGCAUAAGUUUGACGGGCCAAUAUACUACUAUGUAUUCAACAUUCUUCUCUUCUCCCUCCUUGUUCUACACAUAUAUUGGUGGGUCUUAAUGUAUCGGAUGCUUGUGAAGCAAAUACUUUCUGGAGGGCAUGUUGGGGAUGAUAUACGAUCUGAUUCUGAAGGUGAAGAGGAACAUGAGGAUUGAUUGAGCUCUGUAAAUUAAGAAGAAAAGGAUCCUGAGGAUUGAUUGAGCAUGAGCUGUGUAGGUUCUGAAGUUGUAGAGGAACACGAGGGGAUGGCGUGAGUUGUGUAAAUUCUGAAGGUGAAAAAGGAACUUGUUGCUCUGGUUUUUCAGAUCAUUGCUGUUUGUUUAGUGCAGGUUCUUCAUAAAUUAAUAAUACACUAGUGCCUUCACUUGGGCAUAAUACAUUGAUGUAAAACUAGGUCAAAUUGUAUAGAACCUACACAGCAGUUAAUGGAAAACAUUACUUGUGUAAAUGUCUGCCUCUACCUUGGUCCUUUCAAUACUGGGCUUAAAUAUAUGCAAACUGCUCAUAAAGUUGUUCGAA